AUUCUUUUGGAAUUGAGAGAACCUAUUAAAAGCAUCCCUUUAAUGGGCCUUUCUACCUUUUGUGCGUCUUCAAUGAACUUUCUUACUGUAGAGAGGAGAGAGUGAGAGGAGGGUAUCUUGUGAGAGAGGGUAUACUCAAAACGGAUUUUGAAAAAGAAAUGCUUUAAGGUGAAUUGAUACAGGGGAUGGUCAGUGGGCAUAGUUACUUCACGUUGCUCCAUAAAUUCAUCGAGAGAUGUAUAUUUUCUUAUGAAAGAAAGUGAGGAGAAUUUUUUUUUAAAGAGAUAGGCUUGUUUUUUUUCCUUAAAAUAAUUAUUUUAUUGUUUUUUUUCUUUUUCUUUUUUGAAUUUGAGAAAGUAAGUAGAUUUUACCUCAUGUCUCCAACCUUUGAUGUUUAUUUAUAAUAUACUUCUGCCUUUGUAACAAAAAUUAUUAUUGUUGAAGUUUUCACCUUGUAUGCUUUUCUGUCUUCUAAUUCUUGUUUGUGUAUUCCUCAUGAGUAUUUGAACAUUUUUUUAACGUUUUUUUGAAUCUGCUUCUCUGUUUCUUUCUGUGACCUCCUUUUGUCUUGUAAUACAGUUUUUCACGAGGUUGUGUCAGAUUUUCUUUUCAAAAAACCUAAUCUUUAUAUAUUUGUUUUAAGUUUUUUCUUAUACUGCUCCCACACUGUUCUCUUCACUUCUCUGCUUGCAACCUGUAAAGAUUCUAAAGAUCUUGCAGUUCUUGAUAUUCUACACUCUAUAAACACCCCUCAUGGGCUUUUGUUUUCAGUUUUUGAAACACACAUUUUGUUCUUGAGGACCCCUCUUAUACAAAUAUUCCUGUCAUACCUCUUUUUUUUUCUGUCCAUUUCUCACACUUCAAAAUAGCCACAGGCCCCUAAAGUUCUUUGACACAGGUUUCUUUGUCCUACUCCUUUCCACUUUAAACUGUUAAAAAAAGUUUAAACACACUCUUACUCCAAAUCGGUGCUGUUAUAUCAGAGCUUUUAAUACAUUGUUUAUGUACAUGGGAUUCUUGGCUACUUGUAUCAUUUCUCCAUCUGUUUUGUCACUUCAAGUUGGUCCGUGAAAGAAAUAGAUAAGAGUUGACCAUGGGCAGAGCUACAAGGUGGCUAAAGGGCUUAUUGGGCAUGAAGAAAGACAGAGAUAAAGAAAGAGACGAUGUUGCCACACCAAUUUCAAGUGACAAGAAAGAGAAGAAAAGGUGGAGCUUUUCCAAAUCAGGGAAGGACGACGCUCCAGCGACUCUUUCAGGGAACAUGAAAGAUGCUGCCUGGCUCGGCUCCUCCCUUUCUGAGACGGAAAGAGAGCAGAAUAAGCAUGCGAUUGCAGUGGCAGCAGCCACAGCUGCAGCAGCUGAUGCUGCAGUGGCUGCAGCUCAGGCAGCGGUUGCCGUCGUGAGGCUCACCAGCCAUGGCAGAGGCACAUUGUUUGGUGGAGGGAAGGAGAAAUGGGCUGCAAGAAAAAUUCAAACUGUCUUUAGAGGCUACUUGGCCCGAAAAGCUCUUCGCGCGUUGAAAGGGCUGGUUAAGCUACAAGCUGUUGUUAGGGGCUAUUUAGUCCGAAAACGGGCUGCUGCAACUCUUCAUAGCAUGCAAGCUCUCAUAAGAGCUCAAAAUUCUGUUCUAUCUCAACAUGCUCGUCGUUCGUUGAACAAAGAGAAUAGAUUUUCUAAACACAGACCACGAAAAUCCUUGGAGAGGUUUGAUGAUAUGAGAAGUGAAUUUCACAGCAAGAGGCUAUCCACAUCUUAUGACACGAAUGUAUUUGAUGAAAGCCCUAAGAUAGUUGAAAUUGACACCUACAAGCCAAGAUCAAGAUCUCGUAGGAUUAAUAUUGCACUAUCAGAAUGUGGUGAAGAACUUCCCUACCAGGCUAUCUCGUCACCUCUUCCUUGUCCUACACCAGCUAGAAUCUCCAUCCCUGAGUGCAAAAAUUAUCAAGAUCUUGAGUGGUACUUCACAGGCGAGGAAUGUAGGUUCUCCACUGCACACAGUACUCCAAGAUUUGCAAACUCUGCCAGGUGCAAUGCCCCUGCCACACCAGCAAGGAGCAUUUGCGGAGAUGCCUACUUUAAGCCUUAUUCGAACUUCCAUAAUUACAUGGCAAACACGCAAUCCUUUAAUGCCAAAUUGAGGUCUCAUAGUGCGCCAAAACAAAGGCCGGAUCCAGGAUCAAAGAAGAGGCUUUCACUCAAUGAAAUAAUGGAUUCCAGAAAUAGCAUAAGCGGCGUCAGAAUGCAGCGGUCAUGCACCAAAGUUGAUGAAGAUUUGGUCAUCGAGGAAUUGGUUAGUGAAGAGGGGCGUUCUUAUCCGAAGUGAUAUUUAAAAAGGCUUGACUGUGAAAAGAAUGUGGAAGUUGAAGUAACAAGACUUCUUUCUUCUCGAAGCUUUUCGCUUCAGCUAAAUGCCGACAAGCAAUAGCGAGCAUAGAACAAAGAAUGCUUUGUGUAAAUUCUUUACAACAGUUAUGGGUGAUCAUGUUGCCUAAUCAAUGAAAUGAGAAAGUUUUUUUUUUAUUUUUUUUAGCUUAAGCAAUGAAAGUUAGGUUGUCAGUAGCUUAACUUUAGUCUUGUUUUACAAAGAUAGAGUUUGAUUUUUAUCUUG